UCGCUUUUUUUGAGGGAUCAUGGCUCCUCUCGCUGCUGCUGUUGCGUUUGGUUAGGGGUGCCUGCGGCUGCUUAGUCGUGCGUCCGUGCGGCUGUUUCUUCCUUCUUUCCGAGGUGGUUGUUGGUUGAGUGUGAGCAUUGUAGUCCUUCAUCGAUCUCUGAUCUUGUUCGUCAAUGAAUUCUGCGCCUGUCACCAUCGCCUAGAAAUCGCACUAAUCAGUUCGUCGUCAGAUUUGCCUUGCUGUUUCAUCUGCUCAAAGGAUCAUCUUUCUCUUCAGAGAUUCUGAGAGAGAAUGUUAUGUGCCGAGGCUGAGUCGCGGACGGCGGCGGGAUGCGAUCUGGCGGCGCGGCGACCGGACGUGGUCUGGAAAAUCGGUGGGGCGUCGCCGUGCGGUGCUGGUGGUGGUGUUGUCGAUGUGGGGAUGGCGCUCCGCGGCCAGGAUGCCGCGUUCGUCCUUCCCAUGCGGUUCCCUUGUACGCCUUAUUCGUCAUCGACCGCAUGGUAUACAAGGAACACCUGGCGGUGUCCAGCACGUUGGUGAGCUUGACGACAACUGUUACCGGGGCAAUGAGGUGAAGCUCUAUGAGCACCAAGUAGACACUCUCUUUGCUAUGUUUCGGCACAAAAAGCCGGACAUCAACUACUAUGUGUGCACAAUCAACAAGACCUUUGCCAAACCAGGCCAGCGCAUGUAUUUUCAGGUUAACUAUACUGAAGAGAACCUGCUCGACUACAUUGAUCCAAACAAUGAUACACUCAUGGUCAGACUUGCAGAUGGCCAUCUGCUCGCCAAGUGUCGCAUCAUGGUAGCAACUGACAAGAGGGCCACUAUAACCAUCAACUGGUCUGAGUUUCGUCGCCGCGCCAACAUUCGUGAAGGAGACAUCUGUGCAUUUUGUUUCAGGAUUACUUCAAAGCGUCGCCUGGUUCUCACCGUGCACCGCCUCUAGAUGCACAAUCGAAGACGCUGCAGCCCCUGUGUCAAUAUAAUCUAAUAUAAUGCACUACUAAUACUCCUAAUUGUGCUAUAUCCUGUCAUGACCUAUGGUCCUCUUUUGUGCGAUCUUAUAUCAUGUUUUUCAAGACCUACUACUUAUGUUAAGAGCACUGUUAUUAGUCAGAUGUUUCAUGUCCACAUCCAUAAUGGGCUUUCUCUGUAUA